AUGUCUAAGUGUAUAAAAUGGCUCUUUUUUUUAGGUGGUUUGUGCUCUAUAGUAGUCUUAUGUGCUAUCAAUAUCCCUAGUAGGUUGACUUUAAAAUAUAAUUUUACUGAGUUACCUUUAGAAAAUGAUCUAGAAAUUUAAUAUAAUAUGAAAAAUAAUGAUUCAAAUCAAGACUAAUUUGAUACUGCGAGCAGUUUUUAUGAGUUCAUUAAUUAUUCUUGUUUCUCUUUAAUAGAUUUUAUAAUUAUUGUUGGCAUCGAAUUUUUGAAAGUUUUGCUUUUCAAAAAGCCGUUAUAUUUGGAAGUAGAAGGAGACAAUUAAAUUUAUGAUGAAGAAAAGGUUCCUAGCUAUGUUGAAACAAAAAAGAAAAGACACUUAUUAGAUGAAAAAGAAAUUCCUAUAGUAUAAUUAAUUGUAACAGUCAUAUUGAUAGUGAAGGAUAUGAUGAUACUUCCAUUAUCUCUUAUAGCUUUUAAAUAUGAAAAAAUAACUGGCUUAGUAUAAUACGGAUAAUUAAUUCUACACACACUAGGCUCUCCUUAGGUACUUUUAUCUUUUUAGCAUUUAGCUUAUAGUAGGCUAGGAAUUAUUCAGGAUAUAGCAGAAGAUACAGAAGGAGAAUAGAAGAUUGAUAAAAUUGUUAGUUGUUUAAUGCAUUUUAUGAGAGUCUAUAUUUUAUUUAUAAUUUUAAUUCUAUGUCCAUUACUUGUAGUAGGAUCUAUUUUUGGAACUAUAAUAGUUUUUGUUUAUUCUUUUGCAGCUCUUGGGAUAUUUAUACCUGGCUUACUAAUACUUUAUGCUUUUAAAAGAAGAGGAUUCUCAAAUAGAUUCUUUAUGCCACUUCUUUUAAUUAUUUUUAUCGGUGUUGGUAUGAUUACAGUAAUAUCUUAUGUGACUAGCAUCGGAGUAUUGCUAGCAGAUAGUUCUUCAGUUAAAUCAAUUUUUUAAUUUUUCCUUGGUCCAAAUACCUUUAAUUUUUGGUAUUUUGCAUCUAAUUAUUAAGGAAAUAGCUAAAAUAGCUGGAGAGACAAGUUGUAUUAUGUAAUAAGGAUAAUAGCAGUAAUUUGA